UCCGAAAAAUCGCACGAUCAGCAGCAGACAGCAGUCACAUCAAAGACACGAAGCUAACUUCAUUCGUCAUUCUUACAACAACGUACAGGAAAAUCUUUGUGUUAAAAAACUUUAGUUUGCAGUUUUAUCUGUACAUAUUUUGUGAACAUUGUAUUACGUACUUUCACGGUUCCGCGUUCGACUAAAUUUAUGUCUGUUUGGAUGUCGUUUCGACGACAAACGACUACGAAGUACUCUGAUGUGGCCCCACGGGGCAGCGCAGCACCUGUGUGUCUUGUGGAUUCAGCUGAAGAUCGUAUGGGGCUCUGCCACAAAGGUGCGAUAAAAGGAGUUGCCUCAUGUUCGCAGUGAGGAGUGCGGGGGACAGUGGUCCUACUGGUGGGUCAAGGAGAUAUGGUGCCUAGCUCAAGUGUUUUUGCCUAUGCAGGAAUUUGACUGCUUUUUGUGUUCAAAGUGCGAAGAUUUAAUGUUGAUUUUUUUUUGUGGAGGAUUUUGGCAGAUUCAGAACAGCCAGCAUAGCUGAGAAUAGUUCUCCGCGACGCUAUGUGGCUAAAUGGAAGUUGUGCAAGGAGGGUAAUAACACUGUGCCAACAAAUUAUUGAUCCAUUCGAAGGACAUUCGAGAAUGCGAAGUCGAAGCAGCAGAACGUGAAGAAAAGCCAACCCAUAAUCAUCUGCAGCAUCGCGCCUGUGGUACGAUAACGACGACGACGCGGGGUAGUGUUAACAGCCGCGAAGACCAACCCAUCCAACUUGACCACCCAUCGAUCCGAUGGCACAACUGCAGCUGCAACAGCAGCAACACCGCCAGCGAGUAGUAACAAGAUUACGUAAUUUUUUGUUGAUGUUUUUCUUGGGCUGAAACUGUGCGAAGUUCUCGGACUGAAUCACUUGCUGUUGUGUGUGUAGUGAACGGGCAAACAAGUGUUUUGGUUGAAAGGAAUCCCCCAACAGCAUCCUAUAGUGAAGUGCAAUCAAUCUGCAAGACGCAGGUCAGAAACAAAAAGCGAGAACAAUGGCUCGCAGCGGAGGAAGCAAAUGCCCGCAUUUGGAAAAUGUUGUCCAUCUAUCGUUGGUCGAGCUGUGCAAACUCAAGAAGGGAGAACCAUGUACGGAAUGUGACGCCAACGGUCCCAAUCUAUGGAUUUGCCUACAGAAAAAUUGUCUGCACAUUGGGUGCUCGGAGCAAUACAACGAUCACAGUACAACUCAUUUCCAGACGAAUCGCAUCCAUUGCAUUCACAUGAACUUGUCGUCGCAACGGAUAUGGUGCUAUCUGUGCGAGUUCGAGGUGUUCCUGGUACAGCAGCAACAACAACAGCAACAGCAGCUAAGACGUACCUCAGUGGUUAGCAACGAUUCGAGUGAUGCCAGUCGGUAUUCGACCAACAACAAUAACGAAAAACUACUAACGUAUGGUGACAGAUUCGCAGGGGGAUUUGGGGGUGGAGAAUCCUGUGAUAGUAGCUGCGAAGAAGAUGAGUUUGAAAGGCAUGGCAAAUGGAACGGCCUGGUUGGUUUGCAGAACAUAGCGAAUACUUGUUAUAUGAACUCGGCCAUACAAGCUCUCAGCAAUAGUCCACCGUUGACGGGAUAUUUUCUUGAUUGUGGUUCGAUCAUAGAGACCGAUUUGCUAGGGAAUCAAACUGUUUCGAAGCCUGGUCUUGCCAAGCAUUACCAUAAGUUGAUUAAGGAAAUGUGGUGUAAGAACCGGAGAUACGUCGUACCAAGUGGCAUUUUGUAUGGCAUACGGAUUGUUCAUCCCAUGUUUCGAGGCUAUCAGCAACAUGACACUCAGGAGUUCCUCCGUUGUUUUAUGGACCAAUUGCAUGAAGAACUUAAAGAGAUAACUCAACCACCACCAAAACUAUUGUCACUGCACGGUAAAACUAACGAUGAUGGUGACAAUCAUUCGCCUUGUCCAUCACCAUCACCAUCACAAUCCGAGGCGGAAUAUGAAACAUGUGACAGCGGUGUUUCCGAGCAAUCAAGUCUGUCAGAUGAUAUAUCCGUGAACAAUAAACGGACCCGGAUGAUUUCCAGAUCACCUAGUCCCAGUACAAACCAAAGAAGUGCAAACAGUCGACAACAAUCGCCGAUAGGAAGUAAUCGAAGUAAUUCUAGCAGCAGUGCCAGUAUGUCCUCAAUGCAGCAGCAAACUGGGUGUACUGACCAGCAGCAACAGAAACCAACAAAAGAUAAACUGCCAGAAAGGUCCAUCAUUAGUGACAUAUUCGACGGGAAACUGCUUUCAUCUGUACAAUGCCUCACUUGUGAUCGUAUUUCUACUCGCGAAGAAACAUUCCAGGAUCUCUCGUUACCCAUUCCAGGCAAAGAUCAUCUGGCAGUCCUGCACCAGAACCACCCGGGAAUGCCUCCACCCUCGUCGCAUCCUCCGCCUCCGGUGGGUGGAAACACCAGCGGAAUCACUUGCUCCGAUGCAGUCUAUCCUGUAAGCAGUGACAGCUGGAUGUGGUGGUUUUGGAAUUGGCCUUUCUGGAGCUGGAUAAGAUCUUGGUUUUGGGGACCUGCUGUUACGCUGCACGACUGCAUGGCAGCUUUUUUCAGUGCAGACGAGUUAAAGGGAGACAAUAUGUACAGCUGUGAAAAAUGUAACAAACUGCGCAACGGAGUUAAAUUUUCCCGCGUUCUUGCCCUACCGGAAAUGCUUUGUGUUCAUUUGAAACGGUUCCGACACGACCUGUCGUAUAGCUCGAAAAUAUCCAGUCCAGUUAAUUUUCCACUAAACGGAUUGGAUAUGAGGCCUUAUUUACACAAAGAUUGCAAAUCGGAAGUUUCUUCGUACGAUCUUUGUGCGGUGAUUUGUCACCAUGGCACGGUUGGUGGCGGACACUACACCAGCUUUGCCAAACAUGACCCCACGGGAAAAUGGUUUGAGUUCGAUGACCAACUGGUGACGCAGGUUAGCCCGGAAGAUGUUCAGAACUGUGAGGCUUACGUAUUGUUCUAUCGCAAGAACAACAGCAAAAUGACGACAAUUCGAGCUCAGGCUAGUGACUUGAUCAGUGUCCAGGAGCACGCUUCGGAUAUUCGGUUUUACAUUUCUCGUAAUUGGUUACACAGAUUCAACACAUUUGCUGAACCCGGGCCAAUAGACAAUUGGACGUUGCUCUGUCCGCAUGGAGCAUUUCCGCCACACAAAGCACCGUACUUUUCCAAAUUAGUGGUGCCAAUACCGCAAAUUUUGUGGGACUUUCUGUACAAAAAGUUUGGUGGUGGUCCGGUUUGUAACCACAUCUUCCCGUGCCACAUUUGUAAGAAAGCCGCUGAAUCGUUGUCUCGUCGACAACGAGCCGAGCUAGAAGAUUUCACUGCAUGUAAUGACGAGUAUCAGGUAACGUCUCGCGACUGUUUUUUAUUAUUCCUAGAAUUAAUUUCAACUUUUCAUAAUCAGUACAACGAAACUCCAACCACCAUCUAUGCAAUCUCGAUGGCAUGGUUCCGACUGUGGCAACUGUUUGCUCGUGGUAGUACCACCGAGGAACCCGGCCCAAUCGACAACAAAACCAUCGCCAUUCCGGGUGACACCAGUGUGCCGCUUCGAAGCGUUCGCCAAGGAUCGGACUAUGCCCAAAUUAAUUCAACUUUGUGGCACUUUUUCCAUGGCAUAUACGGUGGGGGACCGGAGAUUGUACUUCGUGGUAAUCCUGUUCCACCACCAGAAGUGAAGAAUCCGAAAACGGCCAAGGAACGCGAAAUUGAACCUAUGGAGGUUAGCGAACCAGCUCCAACAACAAAAUCCAACACAACAGCAAGUGUAAGCCAGCAGCAGCAACAACAACAGCAAUUGAAGGAACAAGCAGUCGAAGUAACCAUAGUGGAGCCAACCCCAAGUACCCAAUCGGCAGCCAAACCGCAGAAAAGUGUUUCCUUCGAAGAUAACGAAGGUUAUCAUGAAAACGAUGUAGAUCAUGAGGAACCAUCCCGAUCGGUGCAGCUGAAACGAAAGCAAUUGAAACAGCAGUCCAAGGAAUCGAAGAAAUCCGAAUCGGACAGUGCCGAGGGCAUGGUGACCUAUCUGCGCCGGAAGCAACUCAAGCAUCAACAGCACGUGGUUACAAACCAAACGGCGAAUGGAGAUGGUGGCUCCGAACCGUUGGAGAUUGGUAACAGAAAGGUUCGAAGACAUCGGAGCCGAAUGAAAUCGAAUGGGUUCUUUGGAGCAGAAGGCAAAUAUCAGCCAAGUGCCGAUUCCACCACUGGCAGUAUCCCGCGAGCGGAAUCAUUUACCCAAUCAACGUCAAAUGGAACCAAAGUUAAUUAUAAUACCAUGAGUAACUCUUCAUCCGCUAUGGCUUUUUCCCACUCCGUGGAUGACUCUCACUGUGCCAACGUAAUUGAACCCUCUGCCGGGGGGCAUCCAUCCAAGUCAGUGGAUGAAAUAAUGCCCCUGCUGAACCAAACCAGCAUUACCAGUACUUCUGUUGACGAUGAUGCACUUGGUGCGGACGAAAGCGACACCAACGACGGGUCAUUAACCACGAAGGAACGUUCCCAUCAUUCGGGUCACAAUGGCCACCACGGUCACCGGUCGGCCCACCAUCUGUCCGAAUCGGAGAACAGCCACAGCGGUGAACGACGGAUAAACGAUAUCACGAAGAAGCUAAAAUCCAAAUACAUGAAGAGUAAAGCGGCUAAAGCCGGAAUCGUGCUGGACGGAGCCAGUGGACAAAUUAUCAGCAAUGUCAACGCUGCCAGUGAUUGUGAGAAAUGAGUAAAGCAACCGCUUCGUCGCUUCCGUCUUCUGCCAUUCUAUUGAAAGUCUGUUCUCUCUUUUGCAAAAGGUUUGUUCGAGAACAUUGUAAAUAAUCCCUUAAAUUUA